AUGGAUCCUAUCUCCCCAGCAAGUGAUACAACCAAAAGCCACACCAAUUCCGAAGAUUCUGUCUCUCAAGAAGGCCAUGGAACUCCUCCCCCAACCGACACUGUACUAGCCAAGAACUUCCAAAGUGUUCCCCCCCUGUCUGCUCCAUCAGUUCGCCCCCCUUCCUUCCAAGAGUUUGCUCUCAAAGCCAAUGAACCAAGCUCGUCUGCCCCACUGAUCCCUUCCGAGCCCAUACUCGACACUGAAAUCCAACAAAUCACUGCCGAAGAAUUUAAUCGAAACAUGAUGGCGGCCGAGAAAGCUACACGUGGCCUCCGCAACCUCAAACUUCCCAGGAGCCUGAAGGAGCAAGUUGAAUCACUUGAGAAGUCUCUUGUUCGUACCAAGAGAACUUGGGAAGAAACUGGCAAAAUUCCUGAUGAUGAAGCAAUCAAGAUCCACCAAGGCGCGACAGCAGCCCCUUCUUCAUCGACACCCAAUUUCAAAAAAAACCCUCCACGCAAAAGAGCAACCAAAUCCACCGCCGAAUACUACCGCUGA